CAGAGAGAUUCUAGAAUGAGAGGGGACAUAUGGCGGCCAUCUUGGUGACGCCUCCGGGGUGCUAUUUCGCGAUUAAGUAGACCAGAUCUGAGAGUCAAUGGGAAAAAUGAAUGGGGAAACUGAGUAUAGGACGGAGGGGAACCCAGCGGUUGUGAAAACCAUAUGGUUGAAACGACCGUGAAAAACUGAUCAACCUAGACUACUUGGUUGUGUCAUACGAGUCAAAAUAAAGCUUUUUGAGCCACUUUUCUCACGGUUUUUUUUGACAGAGCGCAGGCGCAGUAGUUCCAUAACGGCACGAGAGCAACGGCUUUUCACAACUGAGCAUGUGCAUAAUUUCGCGUGCGCCGAUGCAGCCAGAUGAUUGGAUCACUGUCAACGCAGCUCAGCAGGCACAUUGGCUCUUGUUACCAGAAAGGCGGGUAGACGCCAUAUUUGCGUUACGAAUCUUCACCGUUAAUUUCUAUGUACCUGUUCUAUCUCCCCUUACUAGAAUAUAUCUCAGGCUUUACGUCGGGGACGUGGAGGACCAGUCUGUUUAGAGAUGGCGUCCCUUCUGCAACCAGAAAGGGUGCUCUACCUAGUUCGUGGAGAGAAAAAGAUCCGAUCCCCAUUAUCUCAACUGUACUUUUGUCGUUAUUGCAGCGAACUGCGUUCAUUGGAAUGUGUGUCACACGAAGUGGAUUCACACUACUGCCCCAGUUGCCUGGAAAACAUGCCUUCAGCAGAGGCAAAGUUAAAAAAGAACAGGUGUGCCAACUGCUUUGACUGCCCAUGUUGCAUGCAUACUCUGUCCACUCGAGCCACUAACAUACCCGCACCCCUUCCCGACGACCCCACCAAGACCACCAUGAAGAAGGCCUACUAUCUGGCCUGUGGGUUCUGUCGCUGGACCUCAAGGGACGUGGGCAUGGCAGACAAGUCUGUCGCCAGUGGAGGAUGGCAAGAACCAGAGAACCCGCAUACACAAAGGAUCAGCAACUUGAUUGAUUUCUAUGGAGAGCUGGAGGAUAUGAUGCAGACCAGAAAGCUGAUUGAGUACGGUCAGAGGCUGCGUGAUAAGACAGAGAUCAACAAGCUGAUAGAGUAUUAUCAGCAGUUGGCCCAGAGGGAGAAGCUGGAGCGGGACAGGAAGAAGCUGGCCAGGAGACGGCCCUACAUGCCACAGGCCUUCUCGCAACACACAAUUCACGUGGUGGAGAAAUAUGGCUUGGGAACCAGACUUCAGAGGCACAGACAAGGAGCUCCCAUCACCAGCCUCUAUGGCCUAUCCCUGAAGGAAGGAGAGGACCAGAAGGAGAUCACCAUCGAGCCAGCUCAGGCUCUGGACGAGGUGGAGCCCUUGCCUGAGGACUACUACACCCGGCCCGUCAGCCUGCCCGAAGUGACCACCCUAAGGCAGAGGCUUCUACAGCCAGACUUCCAGCCGGCAGGAGCAUCUCAGCUCCACCCCAAACACAAACACCUGCUCAUCAAACGCUCUCUACGCUGCAGGAAAUGUGAGCACAACUUGAGCAAGCCUGAGUUCAAUCCCACCUCAAUAAAGUUCAAGAUUCAGUUGGUGGCUGUGAGUUAUAUCCCUGAAGUCAGAAUAAUGUCCAUCCCAAACCUCCGACAUAUGAAGGAGAGUCAGGUGUUGUUGACUCUGACCAACCCAGUGGAGCACGUCACCCAUGUGACCCUCAUGGCCUGCGAGGAGGGAGACCCCGACGAUGUCAACAGCACUGCCAAGGUAAUGGUCCCGACCAAAGAGCUGGUUCUGGCAGGGAAGGAUGCAGCUGCAGAGUAUGACGAGCUGGCCGAACCACAAGACUUCCAGGAUGACCCAGAUGUGGUGGCGUUCCGCAAGUCCAACAAGAUGGGCUUCUUCAUCAAGGUGGUGCCUCAGCGCGAGGAGGGCGAGGUGACGGUGGCCUUCCGCAUGCGUCACGACUUCCGCAACCUGGCGGCGCCCAUACGGCCCACCGAGGAGGGGGGCGACGCCACCGCCGAAGCCAUCUGGCUCACGCACCACGUGGAGCUCAGCCUGGGCCCGCUCGCACCCUAGAUGACACCCGAAACGAACGGCCCACACUCACGGAGACACUGACACACACACACACACACACACACACACACACACACACACACACACACAUGGAGACACACACACACGGAGACACUGACAAACACACACACACACACACACACACACACACACACACACACACACACACACACACACACACACACACACACACACACACACACACACACACGUGCAGUAGGUAUACACACCCAAUCACACUUACUGUAAAUGCACUAUUACACAUGCACACGUGCGCGCGCGCUCACACACACACACACACACACACACACACACACACACACACACACACACACACACACACACACACACACACACACACACACACACACACACACACACACACACAGACUACGGAACUUGAUUUUGGAUCAGAGGGGAUUUCCUGUCCUCAAAAUCAUAUCUCAAAGAAUAGAUCAUAUAUAGCCCACACACACUCACAUACAGACUUACCUACACGCAAAAACCCCUGAUGACGUACAGCCUUAGGCUUGAUGCUACCUUAGACCUGUUGAACACACACACACACACACACACACACACACACACACACACACACACACACACACACACACACACACACACACACACACACACCUGUAAUUGUUGGAGCACUUCCAGAUACACAGUUAAGUCCCACACACUACUUAACCCUUGGAGAGACCUUGUCGUCUCCUUUUGCUAGGUAGCUUGCUAGGUCGCUAGUCAUCCAUAGCACAUGUACAUCAGCCGCUAGUAAAUAACCGCAUGCAGCCGCUGUGUUCUGUAACCGGUCGUGUCCCACACUACACCGCACCACCCCCCCUUGCUGUGACGAGCGCCAUCUUGUCACAAGGGUGUAAAAACGUGUAAUGUCACUGUGCUGCUUCUUUGUACAGUUUAUUUCUUAGCCGCCAUUAUGGUGGUUUGAGGAGAACGAGGAGGAGGAGGCUAGGCUAACAAAAGCUUUGUCAGUGUUGUUUUUUUUUGUGGCGGAACUAAGGAAGCUCUGGUUGGAUCAAUGGAUUUACGAUGAAAUGACAUUGGUUAACAUUUUUUGGUUGUUUCUUUUUUGUGUUGUUGUUUUGAAGCACAAGCCUUACAGUAUGGUUAUUAGGAUACAUAAACAGCUAAUGAAGUAGUCUUAUUUAAACCAUUUACAUAUUUACUUUAUUUUUCUCUCUCAUUUGUGUUUUUUGGGGAGGGGCGGGUUGUUGAAAUGUCUAGUAUUUUUUAUUUUUUUGAGAGGUUGACAUCUUUGUCAAAGACGAAGCUCUGUAUUGAGGAGAGAGCAUCAGUGAACAUUGGGCUUAUAUUGUUUAUUUGGUCUGUGGUGCUCGGUAUAAUUUCAUUUCUCUGCGAGCCACAGGUUUGUGAAUUUGAAAGCUUUUAUUUUGCUCACUCAAUGACCUUUUUUUUUCUUGUCACUGCUCUCAGAAAGCAUUCCCUUUCUUUUCCUGCUGUCCAAGCUGUUGUGAUUGCUUAUGAUUUAGAGGCAACUGUUGUCAUUAACCCGGUAGCAUAUUCUGCCAUAUUUGUGCCCCAUCUGGCGGCAUUACUUGCGAAAAUAUUUCUUGGCCCUUCCUUGCUUCAGAUCAAUAAAACCUUCCAUGCAGCCAUC